UUUCCGCCUGUGGGUCCCUCCCCUGGGUCUGCUGUUUUCCUCUGUGGAGUUAGAGGCCGCUCUGCCUCCGCUUUUGUACCCUGUCACCAGCCGGGGUGGGGACCCGGUGGAAGAACGCUGGGAAUCCGGCAGCUGGUAAUGAGCUGUGCAGUCUCCAUAAAUAUAUCACAGGGAAGAGAAUCAGGUGCCCUCCUUUACCUCCACCUAAUUCUUUGAAGCUGCCACUUUUCAACCACCAGGUGCUGAGAGGUUCCUAGGAAGGGCAACAGACCUCCAGAAGCCAAGAAAUGGUUCAGACACUUGACGAAAAUGUGUUUGGGUUGAAUUCUCCCAAGGCUUUACAGAGUGAUGUACUCUCAGCCGUCCAUUUUUCCAUGGUCCUGGGGUCAGCUGCUUGACACCAGCAUCCACAGCUGCCAUGUCUUUUCCUUGAUCCCUAGGAGUGAACCCAAGAUCUGAUCCCAUCUUCUGUCACCAAGUGAAUGAAGGCUGAAACCUGGCGUUCUCUCCAGUUAGGAGGGCUGGUGUGGAAGUGGCCAGCUAGGCCUUUGGCAGAGAGGAAGUUCUUCCACAAGCCUGGAUGGCAUUGUCUCUGUUGUGCGGAAAUGUUGACAUUCAGGGAUGUGGCCAUUGAUUUCUCUGUGGAAGAGUGGGAAUUCCUGGAGCCGGCUCAGCAGAAUUUGUAUAGGGAUGUGAUGAUAGAGAACUAUAGAAACCUCCUCUCCCUGGGUUUAGCUGUCACUAAGCCAUACCUGAUCACCUUUCUGGAGCAAAGCAAGGAGCUUUGGGAUGUAAAGAGUCAAGGGACAGCAGCUAUUCAUCCAGCUAUGUCUUCUCAUCAUACUGAAGGAUUUUCAUCAGAGAAGGACAUGAAACAUUCAUUUCAAAAAGUGAUAAAUCAAAGAUCUGGAAAUUGUGGCUUUAGCAGUUUGCACUUAAAGAAAGACUGGAAAAUUGGUAAGUGUGAAGAUGAGAAUCCAUUUCAUAAUGGACACCACCAAUGUAUGACAACUGAAAAUAACAAAAGCUUCACUGUCAAUAGAAAUCAAGAACAUGUAGCAUCACAGAAUAUAUCUGAAUUUAUGCCACUUCAUUUUAGUAAUCCACAUCAGACUAUUAAGUGUACCUUUUCCUGUGCCAAAAUAUGCAGUUUUGACAAACAUGGGAAGGAAUUUACCUAUCCAUUAAUGCACAGUCAAAGUCCAUAUAUAGAUAUUUGGCAAACUCAUGACAUAUAUAAUGAAAAUGGGAAGGCCUUUAAGAACAACUCUACUCUACAUAAUUGCCAGGAUGCUCAUAUUGAACAGAAAAUUUAUCCUUGUAAUAAAAUUACUGAAAACUUUAACCAUGGCUCAAAUCCUAGUAAACAACAUUUUUCAAAGAAUAUUUAUAAAUGUGAUACAUGUGGGAGAGUCUUUGACCAGUGCUCACAACUUACUACCCAUCAAAGUGCCCAUUUUCAAGACAAGGUGUAUAACUAUAAAGACUGUGGCAAAGCUUUUGUUGAUGAUUCUAUCUUUAAUCAACAUCAGAGCAUUCAUACUGGAGAGAAGUCCUACAGAUUUAAAGAAAAUGCUAAAUCCUUUAAGUAUCACUUAACCCCUGCUCAAUACCAGUUAAUUCUUACUGGAGAGAAAUCCUACAGUUGUAAAAAUUCUGAUACAUUUAAUCAAAACUCAACAUUUACUAAGCAUCAGACAAUUAAUACUGGAGAGAAAUUGUAUAAAUGUAGAGAAUCUGGCAAAGCCUAUAUUGAAAAGUCAAUACUUACUCAACACCAGAGAAUCUGUACUAAAGAGAAACCCUACAAAUGUAAAGUAUGUGACAAAACCUUUAGCCAAAUUUCACCUCUUACUCAACACCAGAGAAUACAUAUGGGAGAGAAACCUUACAAUUGUAAAGAAUGUGGCAAAGCCUUUAGAUACUGCACAUCCAUUAUUCAACACCAAAGAAUUCAUACUGGAGAGAAACCCUUCAAAUGUAAAGAAUGUGGCAAAGCUUUUAUUCAGAGGUCAGCACUUAUUCAACACCAGAGAAUACAUACUAAAGAGAAGCCCUACAAAUGUACAAAAUGUGACAAAACCUUUAAUCAAACUUCACAUCUUACUCGGCACCAGAGAACACAUACGGGAGAGAAACCUUAUAAAUGUAAGGAAUGUGGUAAAGCAUUUAGAUAUUGUACAACCAUUACUCGACACGAAAGAAUUCAUACUGGAGAGAAACCCUAUAAAUGUGAAGAAUGUGGGAAAUCCUUUAAUCAAAGUUCAACACUUACUCAACAUCAGAGAAUUCAUACAGGAGAGAAACCCUACAAAUGUAAACAGUGUGGCAAAGCAUUUGAUCGAAGGUCUAACCUUAGUAAUCAUGAAAGAAUACACACUGCAGAGAAACCAUACAAAUGUAAAGAAUGUGGCAAAGCCUUUAAUCAAAGCUCAACCCUUACUAAACACCAGAGAAUUCAUACUGGAGAGAAACCUUACAAGUGCACAGAAUGUGACAAAACUUUUAAUCAAAUUUCACAUCUUUCUCGGCACCAAAGAACACAUACUUCCAAUCUUAGACAACAUCACCAAAUUCAUGUUAGAUAAAAAUCCUAUAAAGGUAAAUCUGGAAAAGCUUGUAACAAUUUUUCAGAUUUUAAUUAACAAGAGAAUUUAUACUGGAGAAAAACCCUACAAAUACAAAAAUAUGAAAAAAAUUUCAUGGACAUUCAGUCUUCAACAUGAGAGGAUACAGAUUUUUAUUAAAACCUUACAUAUGUAUU